ACCGAAUAACAGUUUUCACUGUAUCCCCUCGCACUUUCGACGGCCCAACAACAAGUGGAUCCCUGGCUUCUCUUGCCUUCCCCCGUUCCCGGUGACUGCAUGACCACACCACACCCAAUCCCUUUCCUAAUUUCCUCGACGCAACGAACCAAAGGAUUAGAAGAAGAAUCCCCAAGAGGUCGAAACCCUAGAGGUUCAAUCCGAGCACUCCGAACUAUCCUGAUUCAACGCUCGGACCCACUGUCCUAGGUCCCCACACCUCCCCGGCCUCCUGGGGCGUCGGCCCGGAGAGGCGCCUCUUUUCGGCGGAUUUCGUCAUCUGGAAGGUGAUUUCCCCGAAGCUUUGUUGGCUCGGAUCUGCGGCGACCUGGGAGGGCGCCACCGUGGAGAUGGCGAUUCCGGCGUGGUAGCGCCCAAUUCGGAGGCUUUUCCGCCGCGGUCCGGCGGAAAGGGUUGGCCUUUCGGCGGUUGUCGCGGCGCUGGGCGAUCGGAUUACUACAGGGGGUGGCCUGGAUUCUGCAUCCGUGUCGUUGUAGGAAAACAGGCGUCUGCAUGGGCAUGCUUGUACACUUGUUCAUGUCUUUAUUUGUUUUCUCGAUCUGUCCUGGUUCAAAGCAUCAAUUUUUGCCGCUCAAUUUGAGGGCCAAUAUAAUUUUUUGUUAUUUCCUGCUAGUUUCUAUCGAAUAAUCUGCUUUAUUACAGAAGAAAGAGGAAAAAACAGGAACAAAAAACGAAAAAAAAACAAAAACAGAUAAAAUCAGGAGAAACAAAACGGAGAAUUUUUAGUGGACAAAUGGCUGUGUAUUACAAGUUCAAGAGUGCCAAAGACUAUGACUCGAUCCCGAUCGAGGGCCAAUUUAUCUCUGUUAUCAACCUGAAGGAGAGGAUAUUUGAGUCCAAGCAUCUUGGCAGAGGCAAAGAUUUCGACCUGAUGAUCUCAAAUGCACAGACUGAUGAAGAGUAUGCUGAAGAGUCUAUCAUGAUACCAAAGAACACAUCAGUGUUGAUUCGCCGGAUGCCAGGACGCCCAAGGAUGCCAAUUGUCACUGAACCAGAAGAGAUAAUAGGCGCAGAAAAUAGGGUAGGAGAAGUCAUGCCUUCUGGUAGCGCUUUUCUUGGUGAUUCAUCUAUGAAAUAUCCUGAAGAAUCUGAGUGGGAUGAUGAGUUUGGAAGUUCUCUAUAUGUUUAUGACUCGGUUCCUUCUGAGCCUGCUAGCCAGGCAAUUGGUGCUUCUAAUGAAAAUGAAAUUGAUGAAGAUAGUAAAAUAAAAUCUCUUAUUGAUACAGCAGCUCUUGACUACAGCCAAAUCCCUGAUGGACAUGGCUCCGGAAGAGGGUAUGGCAGAGGGAUGGGUGGAAGAAUGAUGUCUGGGCGUGGUUUUGGGCGUGAGCUAGGUCGGCUGGAAAGCAGGACACCUCCUCCUGGCUAUGUUUGUCAUAGAUGUAAAGUACCUGGCCAUUUCAUCCAACAUUGCCCAACAAAUGGUGACAAUAGAUAUGAUGUGAAAAGGGUGAAGCCUCCAACUGGCAUUCCAAAGUCUAUGUUAUUGGCAACUCCAGAUGGCUCGUAUGCAUUGCCUAGUGGGGUUGGUGCUGUUUUGAAGCCAAAUGAAGCUGCUUUUGAGAGGGAGAUAGACGGCUUACCCACCAUCCGCUCUGUUGGUGAUCUCCCACCAGAGUUGCAUUGCCCGUUGUGUAAAGAAGUAAUUAAGGAUGGUGUUCUAACUAGUAAAUGCUGCUUUAGGAGUUUCUGUGAUAAAUGCAUUAGAGACUACAUAAUUAACAAGUCAAUGUGUGUUUGUGGUGCCACAAGCAUAUUAGCAGAUGAUCUUCUCCCCAAUAAAACACUAAGAGAAACAAUCAGCCGCAUAUUAGAGGCACCGCCAACUAGCAGUACAGGCAACGCUGGAAGCAUGGCACAAUUACAGGCCAUGGAGACGGCUCUACCUGUACAACCGAAGGUUAGGUCUCCUGCUGUUUCUGCUGCUUCAAAGGAAGAGCCUAAAGCACCGACGCCUAUAGAAGAAUCUCCAUAUGCUCAUAGCCAUGGUGGAGUGAAAGCUAAUGUUGGUGUGAGUUCUUCAGAUAAGAAAGCUGCAAUAAUUACAGAUGCCACUGAAGGGACAAUGGAUUCUAAGAAUGUGAAAGAAGGAAAAACACCAGAAGCGACUCAUGUCGCAAAAGAGUUGCAUGGAAAGUUUCCUGCAGGUGAACAAGCUGGAAAGAAGAAAAAGAAGAAGGCGGCACGUGCACAAGGGAAUGCUGAGGAGGAGGUGAAGAAUUAUCAAGAUAACGGAGCUCAGAAUUUUGUUGCCAUGCCUUUUGUUCCGGCAGAAGGUUUUAACCCUUACUGCAGAGGGGGAAUGCCACUGGCAAUGGAAUACAUUGGUGCACAAUUUCAAGCUCCCAUGCCUUACAUGGGUUAUCCGCCACCAGGCCCAUUUGACCAUUUUGGUGUAGUUCUCCCACAGCCACAAGACCAUUUUAUGCCCCCAGCAUACAUGAUGCCAACAGUUCCUAGGGACCUUUCUCACUUAGCAGUUAAUAGUAUGGGCAUGAACAUGGGCCCACAAGUUGUGAGAAGGGACGAAUUUGAGGCCAUGGAACCUGAUAGGAGGAGACAUGAAAUGGAUCGAUUCAAUGGAAGGUUCACUGUGCUCACCCCUACACAAUGUUGUACAGAAUGGGAGAGGGAGCGGGAACUGGCCCGCAGGUGGGAAAGGGAGCGGGAGAGGCAAAGGGAGGAUGGCCAUGAUCAGGAUCGCUAUCAACAUGGAGACAGGGAGUAUCCAAGGGAACCAUCAGGAGCCAUUAACGAUAGUUCCUCGACGAGGCCUCAUGAUAGGUCGAGGCCCCAGUUGAAGAAGAGGUCGGAGCGUGCACUGACGCUGCCGUCACUUAGCCCCAAACGGCACUCUCGUCGUUCCCCCCACCGCUCCUCCAACUCCGGCAAGAAGCGCUCCUCCCCUGACCGCUACGACGACCCGCCCCUCCCCCCGCCACCACCACCGUCCAUGUCAAGGCACAAGGCAGAGCACGUGAAGGCGGCGGGAGCAGCCACUGGGGAGGACCAGCGUUCCAAGUCCAAGGCCAGCGUCUUCUCUCGCAUCAGCUUCCCUGGCGAUAGCAACACCUCUGACGCCAAGCGUAGCCACAGGUCGUCCUCCAACAAGCGCCCUGGGUCCUCAUCUUCAUCGAAGAGAGGCGCAGAGGCUGGGAACAACAGCCGUCACCACCGCCGCGAGCGGGAGACGACCUUGGUGAAGGAGGAGAGGCAGAGGCCUGCGGCUAUUCAGUAUGACGAGGAGGAGCAAUCGAGCGAGGAGGAGAAGCACUUCAAGAGGCGUAUGCCGUCCUCCACGCAGGAGCGGGUGCGGGAGCGCGAGGAACCGCAGGACUUGCGCCGGUCCAGGGAGCGGGGUGAAGGCCACCGGCUCAACGGUGGAGGCCACAAGCGCCGGUGAACCUACAGGCCCUUGCUGCCCCCCAUUCUCCGGUGAUGGGGCGUCUAUGAUAAUAAGCGUUGCCAGAUGUGUAGAGUAGAGCAGAGCACCUGCGUCUGUUUCUCUUUGUUUGUCCUGUAGUCUUGUAAAUUGACCUUUGUUGGAUUUGAAUUUGGGAUUUCAAGUUUAAUGAAAUAAUCAGAGAUGAUGAGUAUUAAUAAGUA